AUGGAACUUGUGGGAAAUCAGGUGCGCUGCAUUUUCUGGCUAAGUCAACGUCAUCUGAUAACAUUCUUUUUUUUUCUAGGAGCUUUGAGCAUUGGUUGCUUUGUCUGUAGCUCAUUUGAUGGAAAUAACAGAGCCUGUGAGGAUCCUUUUAAUAGCACGAUCGAGAUCACUCCAAAGUCGGCAUCGAUCGCGUCUUAUCAUCACCCAUGUUGGGCAUUCAAAAAAGGACGACAGGGCCUUUUUCCAGCUGAUCACUGCAUCAAAAUUAUUGGACAUCGAGCUGACAGUACUUCAAAGACGAUGAUAAUCCGGACAUGUGCCCUUGAUUCUGGAACGCUAACAGCUGAUACGGAAAUAGUGAGGAUCAGCCACUGCGGUCAUUUCAAGUUCGAAGGCUACCAUUAUACGGGCUGUGUACAAGCGUGCGAUUCAGAUGGGUGCAACUCAUCCAAUCUCCUAUUUUGUCUCCUCAUUCUAACCUCGGUUAUCAUUAUUCCAGUGAUAGAUCAUCUUGGACUAUAA